AUGCCGGUCAUCCCCAUCCCGCGGCGGGUGCGCUCCUUCCACGGCCCGCACACCACCUGCCUGCACGCGGCCUGCGGGCCGGUCCGCGCCUCGCACCUGGUGCGCACCAAGUACAACAACUUCGACGUGUACCUGAAGACGCGCUGGCUGUACGGCUUCAUCCGUUUCCUGCUCUACUUCAGCUGCAGCCUGUUCACGGCGGCGCUGUGGGGCGCCCUGGCCGCGCUCUUCUGCCUGCAGUACGUGGGCGUGCGCGCGCUGCUGCGCUUCCAGCUCAAGCUGUCGCUGCUGCUGCUGCUGCUGGGCCGCCGGCGCGUCGACUUCCGCCUGCUCAACCAGCUGCUCAUCCACGGCAUCCACGUCACCGUGCUGCUGGUCGGUGGCCUGGGCUGGUGCUUCAUGGUCUUCGUGGACAUGUGA